AUGGCCGACCAAGUUGACCUCGAGAGGGCUAUGACCCGUGACAGCGCAAUUCCAGAUGAUGGCGCGAGCAUAUCUCAGGUGUCUACAUCUGAGAGUCAGGAAGUAGACGACAUCCUGGACGGCCACCGCCCGUGCUUGCGUGAGAUGAGAUCUUACACCGCAAGAUCAAAAUGCCAGAGCAGGAAUGAGCCAGGGUUAAAGAACACAAUGAGUCUUGUCCCUGAGCCAUCUCGGUUGGAGAGCGUCAUCUCGCGCAUUCGAUCACGUCCCCUGCCGGAGUUCUCCCAUCCCAUGACCAGCAAACCAACCACGAAGGAUUUCAUCGUUGACUUUGACGGUGCAGAUGAUCCGUAUCAUCCAAUUAACUGGCCCACGCACAAAAAGAUCCUGACAACACUACUCUAUGGCAUGAUCACCAUGUCAGCGACUUGGGCUUCCUCGUCGUAUUCUGCGGGCACAGACCUGAUUGCCAAGGAAUUCCAUGUCUCGCCGCAAGUCGCUACCCUGGGAACGACUCUGUAUCUCUUUGGCUUUGGACUUGGCCCAUUACUUUGGGCUCCGUUAAGUGAAGUAUACGGUCGAAGAUUGCCGGUCCUCACGCCCAUGUUUGUUGCCAUCUGUUUUAGCUUUGCAACAGCAACGGCAAAGGAUCUCCAGACAAUCAUGCUGACACGUUUUUGGGGGGGCUUUUUCGCUUCAGCGCCUAUGACGAAUACUGGGGGUGUUCUUGGUGAUCUAUUCUCCCCAGCUUGGAGAGGUGUUGCACUAGCUGGGUAUUCCAUGGCUAUUGUUUGCGGGCCUGCUCUAGGACCCGUCAUUUCCACAAUCGUUGCUCAACAGCCCUCGUUGGGUUGGAGAUGGACCGAGUAUCUCACGGGUAUUCUCCAAGCAGUCAUUUUGUCUAUUGCGGCGAUAUUCAUCGACGAAAGCUAUCCUCCCAUUCUCCUCGUCCAAAAGGCCCAGAACCUACGUCACGAGAGUGGGAAUUGGGCACUUCAUGCACAGUUCGAGGAGUGGCAGAUCUCAUUCUCACAACUGGCGCGUAAAUUUUUGAUCAGACCUAUCCAAAUUCUCCUGACACCAAUUUGUCUGCUUAUGACGCUAUAUGCCAGUUUUGUUUACGGUAUUCUGUAUAUGCAAUUGGGUGCAAUCCCAAUCAUCUUUCAAGAGGUGCGAGGGUGGCACCCGAUUCCAGCUGCGUUGCCGUUCCUAUCCAUCAUUAUAGGUGCCUCCAUUGGUUGUGGCAUCAAUAUUUACAAUCAAUUCCGGUACAACAAGGCAUAUUAUGCCGCAGGAAACAAGGCUGUUCCGGAGAUGCGUCUUCCGCCCAUGAUGAUAGGCUCCUUCUUAUUCUGCGCAAGUCAGUUCCUUAUCGGUUGGACAUCUGGCCCCAUGACCAGUUGGGUAGCUCCAUGCAUCGGGCUUAUCAUGCUGGGCACCGGCUUUUUCACCAUCUUCCAAGCAGCGCUCAACUACCUUGUCGACACCUUUCAUGUAUAUGCAGCUUCGGCCAUCGGCGCCAACACGUUUCUCCGAUCGUGUGUUGCCAGUGUUUUGCCGCUGGUUGUCGGCCCUCUGUAUCAUAACCUGGGUGUCGGUCCCGGAUCAAGCAUCACGGGAGGGGUUGCCGCGCUGCUGAUUCCUGUUCCUUUUGCUUUUUACAUUUAUGGUGCGAAGUUGAGGUCAGCUUCGGGGUGGUCCAGUGGAAAAAUUUGA